UUGGGCCUAAAAACGAUAUAUCAAGGCCUGUUACGCUUGGUAAAGUAUACAGGCGAAAUGUUCAACGCCACACUUCACCGUCUCAACUGCUUCUACCGAGAAAUAUUCAAACUGAAAUAACCGAAAAAGACCAAACUUCAGAUGGCGGCAAUCCAGUACGACAUUCGCUGCGCGCUUCUCCUGAAUCAUCACGCAUCGUCGUUAUCAUCACCAUCACCAUCGUCAUCCACGUCAUCGCCGUCGUUAUCCACCAUUAGGUCCCUCAGCCCCACCCUCCUCGGCUCGCGCGCCUCCGGGGCCCGUCGAGUCCUCUCGCUGUCGACCUCGUGCUGGACGACGUCGUUCCGGCUCAGAGCCUUCUCCACCGACCCAGGAGAGGCCGACGCCAUCAAACUUCCGGAGAAGCCGUCGAUAUGCACGGCCGAUGAGCUCCACUACGUGUCCGUGCCGAACUCCGAUUGGAAGCUCGCGCUCUGGCGAUACCACCCGUGCCCCAAGGCGCCUCAGAGGAAACAUCCAUUGCUGCUAUUGUCAGGAGUGGGGACCAACGCCAUUGGAUAUGAUCUCUCUCCUGAGUCUUCGUUUGCGCGUUACAUGUCUAGGCAAGGAUUCGAGACCUGGGUUCUCGAAGUUCGUGGUGCUGGACUGAGCGUGCAAGAAUCGGAUCAAAAGGAAAUUCAGCAAUCUGCCCAUGAAAGGUCUGAAGAGAUGGAAGCUGUUUCUGAGAGUGCAACUGAUGCAGCUUUUCCUGCUGCCUCAGCACCUGAGACUCCUGCUCAGGAAGCAAAAGAUGAAAAUUCAGCUUCUAAGAGUGCAACUGAUGCAGCUUUUCCUGCAGAAAAGCAGUCAAAUGGUUUUCCUGUUGCCUCGGCACCUGAGACUCCUGCUCGAGAAGAAAAACAUGAGAAUUCUUCUUCUAAGAGUGCCACUAAUGGAGCAUUUUCUGCAGAAAAGCAGUCUGGUGCCUCAGCAACUGAGGUUCCUGCUCAAGGAGUGAUUUCAGCUUUCAGUGGAGACGUUACAAAUAUAGUAACUGUAGGGGAUGAAUCAAAAUCAGUGACAAAGUUGACAGAAACUUUUACGCAGCUGUCAGAAAGAAUUUCUGGCUUUCUCAGUGAAGGUCAAUCGACGAUCAUGGCUGCUAAGUUGCUUGACCAAAUUUCAAAACUGUUCGCUGGUUCUGCAUUAUCCGAGCGUAUUAAUGAGAUAAGCUAUAAGAUUUCAGGCCUGUUAGAGACAAGACAAAACUCAAGUAUUGCUAGCCAGAUCAAGGACCUCAGUCAAAGGCUUGUAAAUAUCAUUGAAGAGGGUCAGCGAUCGGUUUCACCUCCAUUGUUUGACUUGCAAGAGCGUUUAAAUUCUACGCUGGAAGAUUUCCAGAAACAACUUGAAUUGAUGGUGAAAUAUGAUUGGGACUUUGACCAUUACUUGGAAGAGGAUGUACCUGCUGUGAUGGACUAUAUAAUGGCAGAAAGUAAGCCAAAGGAUGGGAAGUUGUUGGCUAUUGGACACUCGAUGGGUGGUAUAUUGCUUUACGCAAUGCUUUCACGAUGUGGUUCUGAAGGAAGAGAGUCCCAAUUAGCAGCUGUUGUAACAUUAGCGUCAUCACUUGAUUACACAUCUUCAAAGUCAACUCUCAAACUGCUCACACCCCUUGCUGAUCCCGCCCAGGCUCUCAAUGUGCCAGCUAUUCCUUUAGGAAGUCUACUGGCAGCAACGUAUCCUCUCUCAAACCGUCCUCCUUAUGUUUUCUCUUGGCUCAAUAACUUGAUUUCAGCAGAGGACAUGAUGCAUCCAGAGUUGUUGAAAAAGCUUGUUUUGAAUAACUUUUGCACCAUACCCGCAAAACUUCUUUUGCAGUUAACAACAGCUUUUCGGAAGGGUGGAUUACGUGACAGGAGCGGUGCCUAUUUGUAUAAGGAUCAUAUAAACAAAAGUAGUGUCCCUAUUUUGGCACUUGCCGGAGACCAGGAUCUAAUUUGCCCACCUGAAGCGGUUGAAGAAACCGUGAAGCUGAUUCCACAGCACCUGGUUACAUAUAAACUCUUCGGACAGCCUGGUGGUCCACACUACGCUCAUUAUGAUUUGGUCGGAGGAAAAUUGGCAGUGGAGCAGGUCCAUCCAUGUAUAGUCGAAUUUCUUUGUCAGCACGACUCAACGUGAAUACCAAAACCAUGAAACUUAAUCCCUUCAAUUUGUUACGGGAGUAAGCUUGAUUUCACAAGCAGCUUGAAAGGUUUUUAGGUUUUUAUACAACAAAACACAGUUCAUCACCUUCAACAUUUUGUCAGCAAGGAGUAAAGUAGUGAAUACGAAAAAUUAUUGUAUGAUACUGGAAUAUAGUUACGUGGUGCAACCAAGUUAUGGAUUGCAAACCCACGUGGCCGUAUAUCAAUCUCUUGUUUUCUUAGAUUCUUCAGUAUGAGUACCAUCGAAAGUGUUUUAUUUCAUAAUUUUCAUUAGUCUCUUUCUCA